AUGUCACCACCCGCCCAGGACAGGUAUACGGCGCUUAAGGAGAGGCUGCUGCAGGUUUAUGAAGAGAGUGCCGAAAGACAAAUGCAGAAGUUGGUGUCGGAGCUGGAAUUGGGUUCGCAAAGACCCUCCCAGUUUUUAAGGCGCAUGAAGGAUCUGGGUCGCAGCGCACAAAUUGCGGACAACACACUCAAGAGCCUGUGGUUGUCGAAAAUGCCGUCAUCAGUUCGAGCAGUCAUGGCGGUUUGUGAAGAUCAGUCUCUGGACAAGCUGGCGGCCAUGGCAGACAAGAUUACCGAAUACACCAACGUCGGGGAUGUGGCAGCCGUGUCAUGCAAGAAGGAAACAGAUGAGCAGCCGGACGAGAAGAUGAGCAGAUUGGAGCUGGAGGUUGCAGCGCUCCGCGCCGAACUGAAGGGUCGCGAGCGCUCUAGGAGCAACGACAGACGGACCGACUUCAGGAGAAGAUCGACAUCGCGGCCGAGAAGAGCACCUGGAGACCCGGACUGGCUGUGCCGUUUUCACUUUCGGUACAGAUCGAGAGCUAACCGCUGCGAGCAACCCUGCGCGUGGCGAGCCAAGCAGUCGGGAAACUAG